AUGGGUGACUUUGGUGGUCAUAUGAUCCCUGGCCUCGCCAUCUUCAUCUUUGGGAUCUACCAAGGAGUGCUGACGUCGCUGGCGCUGCUCCGGGAUCAGUUUCCCCCAGACCUUCCCCGGAGCCAGAAUCGAUGGGGCUGGCUGCAAAGGCUGCCCCUUGGUGGGCUGCUGAAGGUGCUGUUUGGCAUAGUCUCGUUCCUGCAUGAGAUCUCCAGUUUUCAUGCCACCAUGGCUCUGAUCAACGACAACGACCCAGAAUUCAGCAUCAUAUUCCCCACCAUGUGGCAGCAUUUCACCAUGUUCACUGUCUUCAUCCUGAGUGGACUGGUGGAUCUCGUGAGCCAGGCCUGCCUACCCAAGAGACGCCUGGGCAUGGAGGUGGGGGCCCAGGUCUUGGCAAUACUCGUGUUGGUCCCACUGAUGUCCUGCCACCUCUGGCAUAUGGAAGGGAUGGAGAAGCAAAGUCACGUCCUCCUCCUGUUUUCUAUCUCCCUGCUCGCCUUGGCGAUGACCACGGAGCUCUGGGUUCCCAACCAACCCCAGAUUUGGCUUAUCAAAACCUGGCUCUUCCUGGUGACUGGUACGUGGUUGAUGCAUAUGGGCUUCCUGCUCUUCUACCCACCCACUGCUCAGGCAUGGAAGCACUACACCAAAGAAAAUGCCAUGUUCCUCACCACCUUCUUCUGCUGGCACCUAGUGGCAGACGCCUUGAUUCUGGGGGUCAUCUAUACCUCCUCCGCCCUCUGGCACCAGCACUGUGUCCUGGCCCCAGGCUUAGGUGGAGACGAUGUUAAAUAUCACCAGUGCCUGGCCGAAUCUCCAGAUGAGGAGCUACAAGAGGCAGAGGUGGGGGGUCACGUCCAAAGCCCCCUCUUUUUGCAGAGCCCACCAUAAGACCUAGAAACUUCAAGGUCAAAUCGUAAACUUGGAUUACCUCAUGCUUCCCUGAUUUCCCGGCUUCUCCCCACUCUGUGUGUCUCUUUCUCCUCCUGAUUCCCAAGUGAAGGCAGCAACCCUUCCUAUCUAUUGAAGACCUCCGUAGGGGUAGUGCAGGUAAGAGUAAGGAAGAAGGGAAGCAGGAUAAGGGGAGGUAAAGAAAAAGGUUUAUUUUAGACUGAAAUUUAUGUUCCUACACAAUGGGCUUCCCUAAACUUGUCCAUUUUUAUUCCCUGAUGCUCAGUGCACUGUCCCAUACCCUCAUUCUCCCCAGUGCUGUCAAAACCCCAAAGUCUGAAUCAAUUCCCAAAGAAGAGGCAAAGUUUAUCUGAGUGAUCUUUGUCAGCCUUUGCUUUUGGAGUGUCAUAAAAUCCUCUGACCCAACUGUGUCUAUACCAUCACUGAACCCUCUUGGUGAGGGAAGGUGUUGAAUGAAGAGGAAAUGGGAUGGGAGAGA